GAACUCCGAGUUCCGGUGCACCCGAUCAGACUCUUAGACACGCGAUCGAGACGCGAUCGGUCCGGCUCUUGACCGUGACGUCGUCAGGCCGAUGCGCGCUUAUGGCCAUGUCGAAUUGCGGCGCGUCGUCGUCCCCCGAGGGGCGCAAUACCUAUCCACUCGCUACCUCUCCACUGCUUCGUCUUUAUGCCGCAAGAGCAUAGAGCUCAAGAAUGCGGCCACGAACGCGAUGGUCUUCGUAUCGGACGCGCCUGCUGCCCUGCCCAACGCCGCAGGCAGGCUGCGCGGCCUCCCCGUCGCGGUGAAGGAUAACAUAUGCACUCGGGAUAUGCCGACGACCUGCUCGUCUGCGAUGCUGAAGAACUUCACGUCACCCUUCGACGCCACCGUGGUGCGGUUGCUGAGGGAAAAUGGCGCAGAUAUCGUAGGAAAGACAAACUGUGACGAGUUUGGCAUGGGGUCUUUGAACAUCCACUCCGUCCAUGGCCCAGUUGUCAACCCCUGCAACCCCUGGCCACCAGAAGAGGAGGCGGAGGCCGACAGCGACCAGCGCCGCAUCGGGAAACGCUUCUCUGCGGGAGGCAGCUCAGGUGGUAGCGCUGCUGCCGUAGCUGCUGGGAUGUGUCGCGCUGCCCUCGGAACUGACACAGGCGGCUCCAUCCGCUUGCCUGCCUCCUAUUGUGGUGUCUCCGGCUUGAAGCCGUCCUAUGGCCUCGUCAGUAGAUGGGGCGUCGUCUCCUACGCUGAUAGUCUCGACUGCGUCGGCGUGCUUGCUAACGGGAGUGAGGACGUGAAGGAUGUCUUCGACACCAUCUCUCCCCACGAUCCCCGCGAUCCCACCUCCGCGCCUGUAUCUGCCAGAACCGCCGCUCGCGAACAAGCUGAGGCGCGGAUGGCGGAAUGGCGUCAGCCAGGUAGCGACGAUAUCACUGGUUUGAGAGUCGGCGUACCGCAGGAAUACUUCCCCGCCUCCCUCGCCCCCUCCGCCCGCGCCCACCUCCGGCGCGCCCUCGCUACCCUCGCCGCCCACGGUGCGACCAUCGUCCCCAUCUCCCUGCCCUCCACAUCCUAUGCGCUGAGCGCGUACUACGUGAUCGCGAGCGCGGAGGCGAGCAGCAAUUUGGCGAGGUAUGAUGGGAUGCAGUAUGGUAUUCGUGCUACCCCAGCACCGGGCACGGACACGUCUAAGGUUUCCAACCUCUACGCGCAGACGCGCAGCGCGGGCUUCGGGAAGGAAGUUCAGCGCCGGAUACUACUGGGGACGUAUGCCUUGAGUGCUGACGCCUUCGACAACUACUUCCUCCAAGCCCAGCGCGUCCGCCAACUCGUGCGCGAUGACUUCGACAGGGUGUUCUCGCUCCCGAACGUUUCGCCAUCUAUAGAACCCCGCCCUCGCCAACCCUCCCCCACCACCCCUGCGGUUGACGUCCUCCUCCAUCUCUCCGCCGUCGGCACUGCGCCCGAGCUCGGCGCCCCCUCGGGCGCGCUCGAUGCGUACGUACAGGAUGUCCUUACCGUGCCGGCCUCGCUGGCGGGCUUGCCCGCGCUAAGUGUGGCGCUGCCGACGUCGGAGAAGAGUCGAGGGGAACCAAAGGCAAGGGAAGAGACGAACAUGCCCAUUGGCGUCAGCGUCGUCGGACAGUGGGGCAGCGACGGGAUGGUGCUAGAGGUCGGCGGGCUGUUGGAGCGGUUGUAUGACUAGGAUUUGGUGGAUUUGUGAGGUCGCGCAACCGCUCCAAUACUUCCAGACUGCCGAAGUACUCCAUAUCAACGGAGAAUAGAUCCAGAUCAAGCGACCUGAGCGGACGACCCGCCGCGAGACGCGCCUCCACCAUCUCAAGGACCUUCUGCCCGCGAUAGCGGCCGUGCCCACCCAGCUCGAGCUCCUCCAGCAU